CAAUAUCCAUCUGACGUCACUUCCGAUACAACAAGCACGUUCGUCUAGAAAAUUCUCAUAAAAUCGAAAAUAGAGCCUUUGAGGAGGAAGUAUCAGUGCUAUUAGACUUCGAAGAAACGUACGUAUAUAAUUUGACUGAGAAAACAUGGUGAAAGAAACUGGUUACUACGAUCUCCUGGGAGUGAAACCUACUUCAACACCAGAUGAAAUCAAGAAAGCUUACAGAAAAUUAGCCUUAAAAUAUCACCCAGAUAAAAAUCCAAAUGAAGGAGAAAAGUUCAAAGCUAUCAGUCAGGCAUAUGAAGUAUUAUCAGAUGUUAAAAAACGUGAAACAUAUGACAGGGGUGGCGAAGAAGCCAUUAAAGGCGGUGGCCAUGGAGCAGAUUUCCACAACCCUAUGGAUAUAUUUGAUAUGUUUUUUGGUGGAGGUGGAAGACAAAGGGGACCAAAGAAAGGCAAAGAUGUUGUUCAUCAAUUGAAAGUGUCGUUAGAAGAUUUAUACAAUGGUGCUACUCGAAAAUUAGCUUUACAGAAAAAUGUUAUAUGUGGUAAAUGUGAAGGUCGUGGAGGCAAAGAAGGAGCUGUAGGAAAAUGUCGUAAUUGCAAAGGAACAGGGAUGCAGGUCAGAAUACACCAACUGGCUCCUGGUAUGGUACAACAGAUUCAGACAGUUUGUCCAGAGUGUCGAGGGGAAGGAGAGAGUAUUGAUCCAAAACAUAUGUGUAAACAUUGCAAUGGUAAAAAGGUCACAAGAGAAAGAAAAAUUCUGGAAGUUCAUAUAGACAAAGGAAUGAAAGAUGGAGAAAAUAUCCGAUUCACAGGAGAAGGUGACCAGGAGCCAGGGUUAGAAGCAGGGGACAUAAUCAUUGUAUUAGACGAAAAAGAGCAUGACCGAUUCCAGCGGCAAGACAUUGACCUAAUUACAGAAAUGGAAAUAGAAUUAGUGGAAGCUUUAUGUGGAUUUCAAAAAACAGUACAAACUUUAGAUGAUAGAACAUUAGUUAUCACAAGUUUACCUGGGGACGUUAUUAAAGACAAAGAAAUCAAAUGUGUCAUGAAUGAAGGUAUGCCAAUUAAACGUGAUCCAUUCGAAAAAGGACGAUUAGUGAUAAAAUUUAAAGUGAAAUUUCCAGAGAACAAUUUCUUACCGCCACCCAAAUUAGCACAACUGGACAGUUUACUUCCUCCAAGAAAAGAGGUCAUAAUUCCUGACGAUGCAGAAGAACAUGACCUUGAAGACUAUAAUCCAAGGGACCGUAGACGUAGCAGACAAAGAAAUGCACAUGAUGAAGAUGAUGAUGAUGAAAUGGGACCACACGGACAGCGAGUGCAGUGCGCAUCGCAUUAGAACUGUUAACUAAAAAAUCAUUUAUAUUCACGACUAAUUCAUUUUCAUAUAAAAGUUUUGAAAGCAUUUUUACAUUUCAUGAAUUUUGUGAUAAUUUUUAUAAGCUUGUCACAUUUUUCAAAUAUUUAUAAAGAAAAUCAAAUAAAUUCAAUAUGGCUGCCAUUAUUUAAAAUAGAACAUGAUGAACAAAUGAAUGAAAUAUAUAUAAUACUGUACUUACAUUUUUGUAAGUCAGUAAAGAAAAUUUUCUUUACAAACUAAUUUAUAAAUUUUGUUGAUAUUACUAAAGCCAAAAUAUAUAUAUAUAUAUAUGUCUGUUCCCAGCUAUUAAACAACCAAUCCUAUGCAUAUGCUUGAUUGUCAAAUCGUAAAAUUUUAGUGCCUUGACAAAAUAUCUUGAGAAAAAGCAUUUAGACUACCUCUAUGAAUCUUAUGUCCUCACAUUUAUUCAGUCGAAUUUGUUAUACCCCAAAAAGAAAAUUCCAACUGAACAACCCUUUAAAUUUGUUUUUGGAAAUGGAGGUAGAACACAGACAUGUAUAUAUACUUUUUUUCAGAAAAAUUCUUAGGGGUCUUUGAAGGCACUUCGAUGAAAAGAUUUCUUUGGGUCUAAAAAGCAACUUAGCAAUUAGUAUGUAGUUCAAUGUUUUGGGUGUUGGGGCUUUUUUACCUGUUAUUUAAAUUUUUGAUCGAAAUUAUUUUUGGGGCCGCCCAUACCAAAAACGGAGAUAACUAUUUCUAAUCAUAUAUUUGAGACAACAGGCGAAAAUACAUGUGUUCAUUGGAAGACUUACAUCAUUGUGUUGUUUGGUUGCCUUUUGUUCUCUUUUUUUUAUGCUGUAGAAAUAUUUCACUAUUUCACAUAUGAAAUAAAUCUGAUAAUUGCAUACAACAAUAGGUGGUACAUGGUCAAUGUAAUAAAAAGAAUAACUUAUCCAAGAAUUCAAAUAUAAAAAAAAAAUAUUCAGUUCAAGACUGAACAACACUGAUAAUUUAACUCGUAAGCUAGGCACAUUCACACAAAUUAACGGGUUAAUCGAUCACUGGUUGAAUGUUUUCCAUAUAUACAAAAUGUAUAUAUAUAUCGGAAUUCUUGGAUUAGUCAUUCAAUAAUUAUUGUGGUGCAAGCAAAGGAAUUGAUCAUUUACUGGGGAUUCAUUAUUUUUCCUUGAAUGUCACUUUUCAUGGAUUUCGUGAGUACAGGUGAAACACGAAUUUAAAUGUUCAACGAAUCACAAAUUUUUAAUCUAUGCAUAUAUGCAGACUUUGGCAAAACUGUGAAAUCAAAUAUCCACGAAAAUGCAAGUUUUCCUCAUUCCAUGAAAAUUGUUACCCACGAAAAUAAAUCCACAGUAGUUGAGAUUAUUUUUAUGCCCCACUUACGAUAGUAGUAGGGGCAUUAUGUUUUCUGGUCUGUGCGUCCGUCCGUCUGACCCGCUUCAGGUUAAAGUUUUUGGUCAAGGUAGUUUUUGAUGAAGUUGAAGUCCAAUCAACUUGAAACUUAGUUUGUACACAUGUUCCUUAUGAUAUGAUCUUUCUAAUUUUAAUGCCAAAUUAGAGUUUGACACCAAUUUCAUGGUUCACUGAACAUAGAAAAUGAUAGUGUGAGUGGGGUAUCCGUGUACCAUGGAUACAUUCUUGUUUGCCGAUGAUAUUGGGUGAUUCACUCUGCAGUGUCUGAUUACUCUCUUCCGAAACUAUGCAUUCACAAAUAAUAUUUCACCACAACUAAAUUCCAAGAAAAAUCUGUGCAUUUAUUAUUGUCACAGUGAAUAUAAUCUGACACUAAUGGGGGUUUUAUUGUGAUUUAAGGAAAUGUUGCAUACAAAAAAUGCUAUCAAAGCUGCAAACUUUUGCUUAACCUAUCCAGUUGCAAAUUGGCAAUUAGAAAACAUCACAAAAGUUACUGAAUUUACUGUACUAAGUAUGAAUCUUAAGAGUAACAUCUUAUAAAAUCAUUGAAGUGAAGGAAAUUGAUUACGAUAACUCAUUUUAUUUUUAAGAGCUUAAAAUGUUUAUGUAAAUUAUAAAGUGUUUUUGAAUAUUAUUAAUGUCAUAAAACUGUAAAGGAUAUAACUUUUUUCUCUUUUUUUGCGAUUGAUGGAAAACUAACACCUGUUUUAAAGUUUGUGUUUUGACCUCUGGUUGUCUUAUGUGGUCAUUUGUGUUACUUGGUUGCUGUCUCAUGGACAAUUAUCCCAAAUGCAAACUGUAUUUGAACAAAUUUUUUUAAAUGUAUGCGGUUUUAUCUUAGGUUUUUAACACUAGGCCUAUUUCAUCCUGCCUGUAAAAAAAAUUAAUUAAACAGCUUUACAUGUUUUUCUAAAAGCAAUUACCGUAAAGUAUAUUUAGUUCUUAAAAUGAAAGUGUAAAGUAUGAUGUUGUAUCUAGAAGAUUGGCACAUGUAGAAAUUUUGUCCACUUUAUGCUUGUUCUAUUGUGGAUGGAGGGAUGGAAUUAAAAAUUGUACUGUGGAUUCAGUAUUAUUAUUUAUGUUACCAGUUUUAGUGGAUUUUGUGUGUAUGUACUUUAACCAUAAAUUUAAGUGUCCAACAAAGUUCAAAUUUUCUACAUGUAUAAGCUCUGGAAAAAACCAUGAAAACUGGUACAAUGGACCAUGGAAAAUAAGUGAAUUCACAGUAUUGUUUAUAAUAUGAAUUAUCGACAUUCUUAAUAUCUGUAAUCAAGACACUAUAGCCUAUAUUUAUGUAAAUGCCAUGAAUUCAAAAUUUAGACUGCAGUGACAUAAUUUAUCUUUUUGGAUGCAGUGAUCCAAUCUGUAUUUAUCAUGUUGAAAAUGAAACAUUGUAAUUGUUAUGUGUUUUAUAUUAUUAUACAAUUAAAUGUGGAUUCUUA